GGGCCUAAAGCGACCGUCUCAGGGACCACUGCGAGGUUUCCAGUUGCCUGGACAACGAGACUCGGGUCAGAGCGACAGCCCUUCUAGCACCUGCUGCCGCCGCCGCCCGCCUUGGGCACCAGGUGACAUGCCGGUGCUCUCCACACCAUGGCCCUCGCGGGUGACCACGCUGAGGCGCACAGCUGUGGUCUUGGCGCUCACAGCCUAUGGAGCCCACAAACUCUACCCUCUGGUGCGCCAGUGCAUGGCCCCGGCCAGGGGUCCUCUGGGCCAGUCCGGGGAGCCUCCACGGGAGGCCCCUGAGCCCACUGACACCAAGGCGGGCAUGAACAGGGCAUUCCUGCGGCGGUUUCUGGUACUCCUGCGGCUGCUCUUCCCCCGGGUCCUGUGCCGGGAGACCGGGCUGCUGGCUCUGCACUCCGCGGCGCUGGUGAGCCGGACCUUCCUCUCUGUCUAUGUGGCCCGCCUGGACGGCCGGCUGGCCCGCUGCAUCGUGCGCAAGGACCCUCGCGCCUUCGGUUGGCAACUCCUGCAGUGGCUGCUCAUAGCACUCCCUGCCACCUUCGUCAACAGCGCCAUCCGCUACCUGGAGGGCCAGCUGGCCCUGUCCUUCCGCAGCCGUCUGGUGGCCCACGCCUACAGUCUCUACUUCUCCCAGCAGACCUACUACCGCGUGAGCAAUAUGGAUGGGCGGCUUCGCAACCCCGACCAGUCUCUGACUGAGGACCUAGUGGCCUUCACCGCCUCCGUGGCCCACCUCUACUCCAACCUGACCAAGCCGCUGCUGGACGUGGCUGUGACCUCCUACACACUCAUCAGGGCGGCACGCUCCCGCGGGGCUGGCACAGCCUGGCCCUCGGCCAUUGCGGGCCUCGUGGUGUUCCUCACGGCCAACGUGCUGCGGGCCUUCUCACCCAAGUUUGGGGAGCUGGUGGCCGAGGAGGCGCGACGGAAGGGAGAGCUGCGCUACAUGCACUCUCGAGUGGUGACUAACUCAGAGGAGAUCGCCUUCUAUGGGGGCCACAAGGUGGAGCUGGCGCUGCUGCAGGACUGCUACCAGGCCCUGUCGGCGCAGAUCAACGUCAUCCUGCUGGAGCGCCUGUGGUACGUCAUGCUGGAGCAGUUCCUCAUGAAGUACGUGUGGAGUGCCUCGGGCCUGCUUAUGGUGGCCGUCCCCAUCAUCACUGCUACUGGCUACUCAGAGUCAGACUCGGAGGCUGCGAAGAGGGCUGCCUUGGCGAUGCGGGAAGAGGAGCUGGUGAGCGAGCGCACCGAGGCCUUCACCGUUGCACGCAACCUGCUCACGGCCGCAGCUGACGCCACAGAGCGCAUCAUGUCAUCCUACAAGGAGGUGACAGAGCUGGCUGGCUACACAGCGCGUGUGCAUGACAUGUUCCAGGUGUUCGAAGACGUCCAGCACUGUCGCUUCAAGCGGCCAGGGGAGCCGGAGGACGCCCAGGCGGGGACGGGGGCCAUGGUGCGCUCUGGCAUGCGCGUGGAGGGGCCCCUGCGCAUCCAAGGCCAGGUGGUGGACGUGGAGCAGGACAUCAUCUGCGAGAACAUCCCCAUCAUCACACCCACAGGAGAGGUGGUGGUGUCCAGCCUCAACAUCCGGGUAGAAGAGGGCAUGCACCUGCUCAUUACGGGCCCCAACGGCUGCGGCAAGAGCUCGCUCUUCCGGAUCCUGGGCGGGCUGUGGCCCACGUACGGCGGCGUCCUCUACAAGCCCCCACCACAGCGCAUGUUCUACAUCCCGCAAAGGCCCUACAUGUCCGUGGGCUCGCUGAGAGACCAGGUCAUCUACCCAGACUCGGUGGAGGACAUGCGCCGCAAGGGCUGUUCGGAGCAGCAGCUGGAGAACAUCCUGGGCAUCGUGCACCUGCUCCACAUCCUACAGCGGGAGGGAGGCUGGGAGGCCCUGUGUGACUGGAAGGAUGUGCUGUCAGGGGGCGAGAAGCAGCGGGUCGGCAUGGCUCGCAUGUUCUACCACAGGCCAAAGUACGCCUUGCUGGACGAGUGCACCAGCGCCGUGAGCAUCGACGUGGAGGGCAAGAUCUUCCAGGCGGCCAAGGACGCGGGCAUCGCGCUGCUGUCCAUCACCCACCGGCCCUCCCUGUGGAAGUAUCACACGCACCUGCUGCAGUUCGACGGCCAGGGCGGCUGGAAGUUUGAGAAGCUGGACUCGGCGGCCAGGUUGAGCCUCACAGAGGAGCGGCAGAGGCUGGAGCAGCAGCUGGACGGCGUCCCCAAGAUGCAGCAGCGCCUGCAGGAGCUGCGCCACAUCCUCGGCGAGGCCUCCGGCCCUGGGGUCCCCACCUGAGCCCCCACCAUGCCCUGCCCCGAAUGCCUCCCUUCCCAGAAGAGCCAGGGACAGUGCUGUGCCACUGAGCCAGGGGAUGGAGCAGGACCCCCAGCCCUCUCUCCUGAGACUCAAGUCCCCACUUCCACACUGCUGUCGCCACUCCUUCCUGCCAUAGAAGCAGCCAAAUGGCCCAGGAUUAAAGAGAGCCCCGUGCCAGUGUCCUCUCGGCUGCCAGGAGUCCCCAAGAGCCCCCUGGAAUGGGGAAAGAGCCACAAGAAGGCAGCCCUGGCCUUCUGUCCUCUUCCACCUAAUUUAUUGGCUUCCCUGUUUGUGGCUGCCUCCAUUCCCAGCAGGGGAGGCAGCCAGGCUCAGUCCCUCCCGGAAGCCACCAAUACCACCUCCUCCCGCCAGUCUACACUGCCAGCUGCCACUGGGGGGCGCGCACUGCCCAUCCACUGGGAGCCAGGGCUCCGUGUUCCCAGCUCAGUGCCAAAGAGGGGUUCCAGGGGACGCUGCGCCGCCAGAGGGAGACCCCACCUCCAAGUGUGCCUUUCCCCGCUGGGCCCCCAGGCGGGGCGCCCUCCGCUCCCUCAGUAAAGCUGCCGUGGAAAACACACUCCUGCCUCCCUCCCUGGGGUGGGGGAGCCGGCCCGCACACCAUUCUCCCGGGACACGCCGCUGCUGGGCUGGCUACAGGGCAGUGGGGAAGGGGAAC